AUGGCAAUGACGCCUGAGCAUGAUUACGUCUUCAAGCUACUCUUGAUUGGUGAUUCGGGUGUCGGCAAAUCUUGCCUGCUACAACGCUUUGCCGAUGACACCUACACAGAGAGUCACAUCAGUACAAUCGGCGUCGACUUCAAGAUAGGAACCCUGGAUUUGGAGGGCAAAUCCGUGAAGUUGCGGGUGUGGGCUGCCAACGGCCAGGAGAGCUUCAACGUGAUCACAAGCAGCUACUACAGAGGUGCCCAUGGCAUCAUCGUCGUGUACGACGCAACUGACAAGGAGUCCUUCAACAAUGUCAAGCAUUGGAUGAAGGAGAUUGAUAAGCAUGCAACGGACGGCGUGAACAAGCUGCUGGUGGGAAACAAGUCUGACCUCUCGGCAAAGAAGGUGGUCUCGCAUGAUGAAGCCAAAGAGCUUGCAGACUCUCUCGGGGUUCAGUUCAUAGAGACCAGCGCCAAGAAUGCGCACAACGUAGAGAAGGCCUUCCAGAUGAUGGCUGGAGAAAUCAAGAGUGCUUCCCAGCCUCAGCCUGUUCGGAGCAGCGUGGGCACCUCCCCGGGCCCGAUCGCGCGAGUCGCUGGCAGCGCCAACGUUGUGCUGCCGAAGAAUGAAGAUGACUCAGUUGCCUUACAAGGUGGGCAAGUCCUGGCAUUCCGGCAUGGCGUCCUAACAGUCUCCCAGGAAGGCGCGCCGGCAGAAAUCCAGCCAGCCUUUGCAACUCUCCAGCAGCUUGCUGAGAUCAGCCGACACGAGGCUGACGUUUCCUCCAGCUUGGCCAGUGGCCCGGUGAAACCAGUGAACCCCCUGACGGGGAAGACGGUGAGCAUCCUGGCUGCCGACUGCAUGCUCGCAGGAAAUGGCGUCUCUCCCGAAGAGUACUGGUCCAUGCUGAGCAUGGGGACUGAUGGCUGCCGUCAUCUUUCCUCGCUGCGGUGGGACACGGAGGCAUACUUCGAGCCCGACAAGGACAUCGCCUUUGGCAAGUACUACUCCAAUCACGGGGGCUUCGUCAUGGAAGAGCACAUCAUGGGAUUUGAUGCUGCCUUCUUCGGCUUCACGGAUGAGCAGGCAUCGCUGAUGGAUCCGAUCCAGCGCAACACCUUGGAAGUUGGCUACUCAAUUCUGCUGAAGGCUGGAUGGAACAGGAAAAGGCUGAAUAAUGCCAACAUGGGUGUCUAUAUUGGCAACUGUGGGACUGACUGGUCCGGCGUCAAGCCGCCGAACUUUGCAGACUUGAAUAGUGUAUCGGGUGACUUGAUGGCUUUCAGGCUGUCGGCGAUGUCAGCACACUCAACCAGCACACGACUGUCGUACAUAUUUGGCAUGCGGGGUCCGAUAAGUACCUCGGACACAGCCUGCUCCUCGUCUCUGGUGUCGACUGGUACAGCUCACAACGCCCUUCGGCAGCUUGACCCGGGGCAGAGCAACAUCACCAGCAGCACCGGGAAGACCGAACAUGCCCUGGCCAUGGGUACAAAUGGCCUGUUCGGGCCCUUCUCCUGGAUUGGGCUCUGCGGUCCGAAGAUGCUUUCGGCAAAGGGCCGCUGCUUCACCUUUGACUACGGCGCUGACGGCUUCGGCCGCGGGGAAGGCACCAGCGGAAUCUUCAUGCAAGUCACCCACGAAGAGCCCACAGACAGACUGGCGAUCUUCUGUGGCACCUGCAUCAACCAGGAUGGCAGGAGUGCCUCAAUGACCGCACCGCAUGGCCCCUCACAGCAGGAGUGUAUUCGUGCCUCACUGCGGGAAGCGAAUGUCACUCCGGCAGACAUCAGGGUGGCCGAACUUCAUGGCACCGGCACUGCAUUGGGCGAUCCGAUAGAAGUCGGAGCUCUGCGAGGCGUUAUGAAGGAGCGGAGCGUGCCGAUCAUGAAGACCAGUGCGAAAUCCAACUUGGCCCACGGCGAAGCAAACGCAGGGAUGGCAGGUCUUGUCAAGUGCAUCCUGAUGCUGAACCACCAUACUGUCGCACCGAAUGUGCAUUUCUACUGCCUAAACCCGCACGUGGACAUGAACGGCUAUCCCUGCCAGAUCUCAGGAGAGCUCCUGGAUCUGGGCAGCAAUAGUGGCUACGCCGGUGUCUCCUCCUUCGGCUUCGGCGGCACCAAUGCCCGUGCCGACAUCUGGGCCAAGGCCCAGGCAGGCGUCGGAAGAGCACGAAAGGUGGACCUCAACAAGCUUGAGAACGUGACAGUGCGCUGCCCGCAGUGCUUGGGAAGUAUGGAGUGGAAGAGCGCUUGCGCAGUGCCGUCGCGGCUGCCAAAGCAGGGUCUUCCCAGGGCCUUCUGCGUCCGCGAGUCAGGCAACUACGACUUCUGCAGUCUCUGCUACGAGGGCUCCUACAGCUUUGGCCAGCCGCCCCCAGAAGACCCGCUAUUGCCGAGCGCCGCCUACAUCAAGGGUUCAUGGACAGCCUUCUCAGAGUUUGAGGAGAUGAAGCUGGAGGAUGGCGCCUUUACCUUCCAAGUUCGCCUUGGCGAGACGCGGUUGGAGCGCUUCUACAUCGCCCUGCAGCAGAACGAACAGCAGGCUCUUUUUCCAUGGCAUCCAUCAGGAGGGCGAAGCAUCCGGGUGAAAGGGCCAUGCCCCUGGGAAAGCGGGCACUACUUCGUCAUGGAUGGACGUGACGAGGAGUGGCCAGAGGGCUCCCUUGUGACCAUCAAGAUCUGGGUGGAGCAGCAUCUGAACCAGCGGAAAGUUUCUUGGGAGAUGCAUCCUGAGGAGGGUGGACCCAAGGAGAUGCCCAGCUUCUCGCACAGCUACCAGCUGGUGGGCUCGUUGACCCAAAUGAAGUUGAUCCCGAUGAAGGCUGUACGCGGACUUCGGAAUGUCUUCGAAUACUCUACCCGAUUCGGCUUGCAGAGCAGUGAGACGUUUCACUUCGUGCGAGACUACGAUCGCACGCAGGUGAUCUACCCGUCAAGGCACAUGCCAAGAAGUUCCUCCGUGCCCGUCCGUGGGCCGGAUGGUGGCGGAACUGAGAGUUUCUUCGCCAUCAGCGGCCGGCAGGGUGACCGUUUGCUGAUUCGCCUUGAGGUGUCGGAUGCUCACGUGACCGUCAGUGCCAGCCAUGCGUCCGGUACGCGUACCUGGCACAGUCAAGAGGGGCGGGCGCGCAAGCGAUUCUUCGUGGCAGGCUCCUCAUGGGAUCGCUGCAUUCCCAUGGAACAGGACCCAGACCAGUUGGACAGGUACGUUGCACAGGUGACAGUAGUUUCCCGGACGUGCAUGGAAGAGUUCCAGAUCCUGCUGGAUGAGGAUCCAAACAGAGCAAUCUUUCCGGAAGCACCUCGAUCCCCGAGCGGCGGAUCUUUCGUGAUGGGCCCGGAGAGUGGGAAAUCAGACAAGUAUUUCUUGAUCGAAGGCUACCCGGGUACCACCUUUGAGAUUUGCCUCGACCUCCAGAGUUUCCUGGCAAAUCUGGAUGAUGCCAAGCCGAAAUGCCCCGACCCGAUAAAGGAACAUAGUUUCGCGAACUGA